ACGUCCAAAAACAGCAACAACACCGGAAAUCGUAGAAAAAAUACAGGAUAUCRUAUYGGAAAAUCGUCGAGUGACUGAAAGAUAUUUAGUAGAAGCCCUAGGMAUCUCAUUGGGCAGUGUGCCACAUUCGUUAACAAUGGAAAUAAAACACAUUCGAAUGCGACUUUCUCAGCAACAUUUAGAGCGUUUUCGAAAGGAUAAAGUGGAUUUUAUGCGUCGAUUCAUACCUAUGGAUAAGACUUGGGUCUAUCACCAUGAUCCUGAAUCAAAACAAGAGGCUAAAGAGUGGUGUAUACCUGGUUCUUCGGCUCCGAAACGAAUUCGUGUCCAGAUAUCGRCGAAGAAGGUGUUAGCAUCAGUUUUCUAG